ACGUUAAUAUGUGAAGCUAACUGCUGACUAGCAUCACACACAGACAGGACAGAUCCACAGACUGCAUUCACACUGAAAACAUGAGCAGGGAGAGGAGUAUAUCAACAUUUCGUUUCCAAAACAUUCAGGCUAGUUUACCGGUGCGCAGACUCCAACCGACGCAGCUGUCCGGCGCGUUCAGGGAGUCGAUGGGAAACUUGUGCAGAGUUAUGGUUCCGGGCCGGCCUCUAAUGUUGGGACACUUUUUUUCUACAUUGACGUAUUUCUUUUAAAAGUCUAAUCACCUCAGACCUGCCGUGUAUCAUUUGGUAUAUUUUCCCGCCCUCCUGUGGCUGCUGUCCGAAACUACAACACAAACUGGUUAAGCUAGCAUCAAAGGUGCUGAAUUUGCGUGCAGGUUUGCAUGCUGGUACCUUGCAAAAACAGUUUUUGGAUGCUGUGCAAAUGUCCCAAAUGUAUGUAUACUCAGCCUUCAGAGUGAGGACAGACAGUCUGUGGAGUGGGACCCGACAGGAUGAACUGCUUAGUCUUUGCACUUCUUCUGGGCUCGCUCUUCACGCUCGCUCACUCUGUGUUUCCUGCUGGUUCUUGUGAUGAAUACACAAAUCUCACUGAUCCAUGGCGCAACUAUCAAUUCAAAUCAAGCUCGUUUCCCGGCUACCCGAUGGAUGAUUCUGCUCUUGUUGGGAAGUGGUGGCGUUUCGUCGGCAUCGGAGGAGACAGAGCUGUUUCAUCAUGCCAGCCAACCCACACUGGUGGCAACUAUUACACCAUCACUGUCCCAUUUUCUUAUCCAACAGUUGAAUCUGAAACUGCAACUACAGGUUCUGCACUUGGAAAUUAUGCAGGUUGUGGAAAUUAUGCUUUCCAAUUGAGCCUGGUUCUCUGCCCUGGAGGAUUCUACAUAUACAAACCAUUGACGCACCCACAUGUCCGUGUGGGUUAUGUAACCUAUCACAAUGUGUGCACCCCGGACGCCUGUGGGCCGCUGGCUGAGUGCUCCAGUGGAGGCUGUCUCUGUGUUAGUGGGUAUGAAAUCCCUCCAGAACACCUGCCCACUGGAGAGUCCUAUGGUUGUGUUGACAUCGAUGAGUGUGUGACCACUUCAGGACUCUGUGGUUCUAACGCUGACUGUGCAAACAACCCGGGAUCCUUCCUCUGUACCUGUCACACGGGAUAUAAUGCGACAGGUGCAGGGCCUGUUGGCAAAUUAAACCUCUGCAAAGAUAUCGAUGAAUGCCUGGAGGACAUCUGCGGUGAGGGGACCUGCAGUAACAACUUAGGAAGCUUUGCCUGUGACUGCUUUAAGGGCUUCCAACUCGAACCUGAUGCAACUCCUCGCUGCCAAGAUAUCGACGAGUGUUUCAACUCCACCGUCUGCGGCCCUGACUCUGAGUGCACCAACACACCUGGAGCUUACACCUGUGCAUGUAACCUAGGUUACGAGCCGACUCUACCAGAGGAUGAGCCCAGAGAGGAAAACAACAUCUGCAUAGAUGUUGACGAGUGUGUCAAAGACGCUGCGGUCUGCGGUCCUCACGCCAACUGCACCAACUCCAUCGGAUCGUACCUCUGCACCUGCUCCACUGGGUUUCGUCUGAGCAACCCAGAGGUGAUAGCCAGCAGAGCUCACCCAUGCACAGAUAUAGACGAGUGCAGUGAGACUCCGGGGAUCUGUGGGAAACAAACAGUGUGCACCAACAAACCGGGGACCUACUACUGCUCCUGCCCUGACGGGUUCUACCCAUCCACCGGGAUCCGGUGGACGGUCGGGGUCUCCUUCUGUAAAAGUCUUCAGGAUAUUCUGGAUGAGAUAAAUCCCAUUGAGGGUCAGACCAGAGAGAGAGCUUUUCUCGGCAACAUGGACGAUGAACUGAAAGAAAACGAAGGAUUCAUCUUACCAGCGGCGACUGUGGCGAACAGCUUCUCAGCCAGCAUGGAAGUCUCAGGCGUGGGACCUCGAGUGAGGACGAGCGUGGUCGGCAGCGAAGGUGACGGGGACACCGGCAGCGUGAUCCUGGGCAUCUCAGACCGUUUGGUUGCAGCUAUGGUGGACCCGGACCUGAACCAAACCAAGAGAUCUGUGCACAGUCCGACUGUCGACCUAAGCCUGGAGUCUGUCGGGCCUGGAGGAGACGACGCAGAGAGCACUGUACUCUCAGCCAAUGGGAACAGCAUGCAGAUCAACCUGGGGGGUCUGGCCAAAAACAACAACGGUUCUGCAGCCGCCGCCUUCAUGACACUGAAGGGGAUGGAGAGCCUUCUGAGUCACUCGUACUUUGAAACACAGAACGAAACAGAGAUGUACUCCGACAUCAUCACUGCAGUCUUACCCUCGGUCAACAACACCAACCUCACCGAGCCCGUCAACUUCACCAUCUAUCACAAGGAGGUGCCGGAGAGGGGCAUGGUGACGUGUGUGUACUGGGAGGACAAAACAGAGGAGGCAGGAGGGAGCGGGGGAGAGCAGAAGAGGACGAUGAGAUGGUCAGUGGAGGGCUGCUGGGUCGCGUACACCAACAGGAACAUGACGGUGUGCAGCUGCACUCAUCUCUCCACGUUUGCCCUCAUCAUGCAGAUCGGGGAGCCUCCACCAGAGAACACUUUCCUGGAGUGGCUGAACCGAAUGUGUGUGAUGGUUGGACUCUUCUUCUUUGGUCUGGCCAUCUUCACCUUCCUGCUGUGCAGCUGGAACCCAAAGAUCAACAACACGGCCCGUCUCCACCUCUGCCUCAACCUGGCCAUGUCUCACCUGCUGCUGCUGUGGAACGACAGAUACACCAACGACGAGCUGGCCUGCACCGUCAUGGCGGGCCUUCUCCACUUCCUAGUCAUUGCAAGUUUUGUGUGGAUGCUGCUGGAGGCGCUACAGCUCCACCUGCUGGUCCGGAGGCUCUCCAAGGUGCAGGUCAUCCAGAGGGACGGCCUCCCCCGGCCGCUCCUCUACCUGACUGGUUACGGCGUUCCCUUUGUGAUCGUGGGCGUCUCUGCGCUGGUGUAUUCUGAUGGAUACGGAGCCACUAAGGCAGCAGUGUGCUGGCUCUCUACACGGCGCAGCUUCAACUGGGCUUUGAUGGGUCCAGUGAUUGCCAUCCUCGGGCUGAACUGGACGUUGUUUUGUGCCACCCUGUGGAGUCUGAGACCGACGCUGGCUAACAUGAAGAGUGAUGUUUCUCAGUCCAAAGACACCAGGGUGAUCGUUUUUAAGAUCGUGGCCCAGUUCGUCAUACUGGGCUGUACCUGGAUCCUGGGCCUGUACCAGACCAACCUCUUCUUUCAGGUCCUCUUUAUAAUCCUGAACUCCCAGCAGGGCACCUUCCUCUUCAUCGUCCACUGUCUGCUCAACAAGGAGGUCAGAGAGGAAUACAUGAAGUGGCUGACCUGCUCCUACAUGAAGCAGAGACGUGAAGGAUCUGUGAAGGAUGCUCCCUCGGUCUCUGAGGACUGGGACAAACCUGAGAAGGAGUGAUGGACCCUGCUGACGGAGGAGAGAGGAGCACGCCGUCACCACCGUUAUUUAUUACAGCUGAUUUCACUGCUGUUGUUUCUGUUCAGUUAUCAUGGCCGCUCAAUAAUCCUGCAUAGAAUUAAAUAUUCAUAGCUGUUAACUGUCUGCUUUAAGAGUUUGUAUUAUAAUCAGCCUUGCUUCUGCGUGACACUUGCACAGUAUUUUUCUGGACCUCUUUGUACAUUUUGAUUCUCUGUCUGAUCGGGUUCAUGUUGUGUUCUUAAUAAAGCUUCCAGUUGUUUAUUAA